GGUGCUUGCGAUCGCGCGAGCGCUGCAAAAUUUAUUGAAGCCAAUGCAUCGCGUCGCGCUCGUCGCCGUUGCGCUCGUCGCCGCGGUCGCCGGCGAAUGCGUUGACAAAAAGUGGUACAAGAAAAGCGAGAAGAGGACCUGCGCCUGGGUCGCCAAGAAGCACGAGUCGCGGUGCGAGCUCUCCAAGGCGAAGCAGAAAUGCCCCGUCGCCUGCGGCGAGUGCGACCCCUGCGAGGACGACAAGAAAUUCAAGACGGAGGGCAAGUCCUGCCGCAAGAUCGGGAAGAUGAAGCCUUCCAAACAACGCACGUGGUGCGAGAAGAAGGGCACGAGCGGCAAAUCGAAGAAGAAGCUCAAGGCGCGCGUCGCGUGCCCGACGGCCUGCGGCGUCGGGUCCUGCAAGGCCGCGCCGACGGCCGCGCCGACGGCCGCGCCGACGGCCGCGCCGACGGUCGCGCCGACGGCCGCGCCGACGGCCGCGCCGACGGCCAAGCCAACGGCCAAGCCGACGGCCAAGCCGACGGCCAAGCCGACGGCCAAGCCAACGCCGGCCCCGACGCUCGAUCCCUUCGACACCUACGUCGGCGAAGGUUACUGCCGGUCGCCGCUCGACGCGGAGAUCUACGUCCGCGACGGGACGUCGUGCUGGGACGCGUGCGUCGCUGCCUUUGAGCCGACCCGGACGAUCGUCGCCGUCGAUUUCCGCGAGUGCACGUGGGCCGGCUGCCGGUGCUUCUGCCGGGACGCCUGCGAGUGCCUCGCGGAGCCCGACCUCGGGAGCACGCUCGUCGUGCCGCGGGGCUUCGAGCUGCCCGGCCCGCUCAAGUGCGGCGAGACUCGGGCGCCGACGCCGGCGCCGACGCCCGACCCGACGACGGCGGCGCCGACUCCGUUCUUCUGGCUCUCGAAGUGCGAGACCGAGGUGUCGCUGUGCGGCGAUUCCGUCGACCAGAGCGCGUGCGAAACGAGCUACAAGGUCGAGGACGGCGUGAACUCCACGUGCUCUUGGAACGGGAUACGGUGCAAGUUCUCCGCGGGAGCGACCGAGGCGUGCCGAGUGGAUCCGUACGACACCUACGUCGGCGAAGGCUGGUGCAAGUCGACCCUCGACGCGGAGAUCUUCGUCCCCGCCGGGACGUCGUGCUGGGACGGAUGCGUCGCGGCCUUUGAGCCCGACAGGACCAUCGUCGCCGUCGACUACGUCGAGUCCGAGUGCACCGAGGCCGGCUGCCGGUGCUUCUGCCAGGACGAGUGCGCGUGCCUCGCGGAGCCCGAACUGGGGAGCACGCUCGUCGUGCCGCGGGGCUUCGCGCUGCCCGGCCCGCUCACGUGCGGCGAGCGGGCGCCGACGCCGGCGCCGACGCCGCCCCGGCCGACGCUCGACUGGUGCUGGUUCCCGCCCUGCGGCCCCCGGCCGUCGCCGGCCCCGACGACGCCGGAGCCCUCGCCGGCGCCGACGACCGCGGCGCCGACGCCGACGCCCGCGCCGACCGUCGACGGCCCGCACGCGAAGAUACGAGGGUUCGCGCGGGCCGGCUUCGACAUGACCGGCGGCUACGGAGGCGCGACCGCGGCGGCGACGACCGCGGCCGAGUUCGCGGACUUCGUAUCCCGCGACGAGCCGCUCGUCGUGACGAUCGACCGGCACCUCGCGCUCGACGAUCCGAAUCUAUCGUCGACCUACGACGUCGCGUCCCACAAGACGAUCCUCGGCGUCGGCGAUUACGACGUCGCGUCCCACAAGACGAUCCUCGGCGUCGGCGACGGCGCGAUGAUCUCCGUCGGCUCGGUCCGGAUCAAGCGACGGACGAACAUCAUCAUCCAAAACAUCCGCUUCUCCGGCGCCGUCGACGGCGGCGGCGACGCGCUCGCGAUCUUCGACAGCUCCUACGUCUGGGUCGACCACUGCACCUUCGACGCCGCGGCCGACGGCCUCGUCGACGUCACGCACGGGUCGCGCCACGUCACCAUUUCGUGGAGCCACUUCUUCGACCACGACCACGGCGUCCUCAUCGGCAGCCGGGACGACCGACCCUCCGACGUCGACAUCUCCGUCACGCUCCACCACAACUGGUACCAGCAGGACUCGCGGUCGCCGCGCGUCCGCUUCGGGCGCGUCCACGCGUACAACAACUUCCACGACGACCAGGAGCGGGGCGUCGCGUCCUACAUGGCCGCGCGCGUCGUCGUCGAGGCGUCCUACUUCUUCCACUGCGCCAAGCCCACGCAAGCCGAAGGCGGCGACCUCGUCCUCCGCGGCGGCAACAUCUUCGCGAAGAACGACCGCGACGGGAGUUCGAGCGGCGACGCGUUCGAGCCCCGGGACGUCUACGACUACGAGCUCGACGCCGCCGCCGACGUGCCGGCCCUCGUGAGGGCGGGCGCCGGCUCGGGCAAGGGCUGGGACGACGCCUGGCUGGGCCAGGGCGGCAACUUCAAGCAGCCGGCCUAGGCGCGCCCCGGCUCGAUAAACGCACACGCGCGGGAUGUUGAAGCUCUCGAUGCACCCGAGGUACUCGUCGAGUUUUUAGGGCUUCUUCGUCGG